AUGGACACUCGCACAACCUACCGAGUGAUCCAGGAGCUCGGCCACCAUGAGAGCGACGUCAAGGCGGUCCUAGCCCUCAAAGACGACGCGCUGCUCGCGUGUGCUUCGCGGGAUGGUUUGAUCUCAUUGUGGACCAAACAGCCACAUGGCGACGAGUCACCGUUCGGCUUCAAAACCGCACUUCGUGGCCACAAUGCCUACGUCAACUCGCUCGCACAUAUUCCGCCUGAGAAUAGUGAAUCACGAGGACGGCUUGCCUCUGGAGGUAACUCGACUAUGGUCUUGAUUCACUCGCUGGACACCAUGCAAGAUGAGCCGAUAUCCUGCCUCAUUGGCCACUCCCACAACGUCUGCGCAUUACACUACUCCUCGUCGCAGAAGCUGUUGGCUAGCGCCAGUUGGGACUGUACAGCUCGGAUCUGGAAGUACGAUGGUGACAACUGGGUCUGCCAACGCGUGUUGGAAGGUCACCAACAAGCUGUCUGGGACGUCAAGAUCGUCGCCAACGACUCAUGGCAAGGUCCUUUCAUCACGGCCAGUGAUCUGGGUGUGGAGCUCUGA